AGCUCUUAUUACGUGGCUGUCACACAGUCUCAGUGAAUUGUUGCUGACAUUUUUCCGGUUUUCAGAUCCGAAUCUCAGUGAAAGCAUUUACAAGAAGCAACAUUGCUCGCUGCUCAGAUUUUCUGCUGAUUCUGCCCGUGGUAAAGAGGCUUUUGGUGAAGUCCCUAAAAAAAUCUGUGGGUGCUCGAGUUCUCCCAGAUUUUGGGCAGGAUAUAUAGGUUGAGAUCGAAAGAAAAUUCAUCAUGUUCAGGUUCUCACCUCGUAGGAACCAGAGAUCGAAAGGAUUCAAGGUGAAGCAUGCUCUCCAGAUUUGCCUUUUGAUUGGUGUUUGUGUCUGGCUGCUUUACCAAGUCAAGCACUCUCAUGAAAAGAGAGCAUCAUUUGGUGAGGGCACAAAAACUGAGAAUGACAUCAUAAAGAUGGGAAGAAAAGACCUUCGCCCUCAAGUGGAAGAGACUACCACUAGAGAUGCAACGCAAAAGGAAGGGGAAGACGAGGAAGAAGGCAAGAAUGAAGAAGAACAAAACAAGCCUGAAGAAAGUGAUAAUGCAGGGAAAGGUGGUGCGAAUGAUGAGAUAGAUGAACAUGAUAAACAUGGUAAGGAUAAAGUCGAAGAGGAAACAGAGCAAAGAUGGGAUCCGGUAGUCGAAGAAAAAGAGAAGGAAGAGAAGCAGGAAAAUGUUAGUGAAGAGAACGAAAGAGACAAGGAGUUUGAAGAGAGCAAAGAGAAGGAAAAUGAAGAGAGCAAGGAGAACAAAGAGAGCAAUGAGAAUGAGAAGGUAAGAGAAGUAAAAGAGUUGGAAGAUAGUAAAGAGAAGGAGAACGAGCAGAGCAAUGGUAAGGAAAGAGGAGAAAAGGAUUUUGAAGAGAGGAAAGAGAAAGAAAGUGAAAACAAGGAGUUUGAAGAGAGCAGAGGGAAGGAAAGUGAUGAGAAGGAGAAUGAAGAGAGAAGAGAGAAGGAAAGUGAAGAGAAGGAGAAUGAAGAGAGCAGAGAGAAGAAAAGUGAAGAGAAGGAGAAUGAAGAGAGCAGAGAGAAGCCAAGUGAAGAUAAGGAGAAUGAAGAGAUUAAAGAAAACAGAGGUGAAGAGAAUGGAAGUGUAGAGGUGAGUCAAGGGGGCAACAAUAAAGAGGAGAGGGAAGAGAGCAACGAGAGAUAUAGCAGAGAGAAAGAGACAGAAGAGAAAGAAGGUAAGAUAGAGGAGUUUGGUUCAUCUGCAGAUCAGGUUCAGGAUGGAAGUGACAGGAAUAAUGAGGCAAGAGAAGAACAUUACAAGGGGGAUGAUGCUUCUAGCGCUGUAGCACAUGAAAGUCAAAAUGUAACAUCUGGAAAUGAGCAAGGCAGUUGGGAAAAUUCUAAGGAUGCAGAACAGGUUGAAAACAAAGAAAAUAAUGAUUUUGUGCUGGAGAAUAAAACAAAUAGCACCGAAGUAGUUGAUGCCAAUCACAGUGAGUCAGACACAAGUGUGAGAGAAACUGAAAAUUUUGAGAAGAAUGACUCAACAAAUGCAACUAGCAGUGAAGAUGGUGGUAGUGAGAGCAAUCAACCAGAGUCUAAGAAUGUUCCCAACUCUAGUUUAGAUAAUACAUUUUCUAAUGGAGAUAACUCUACCCUGCAAAAUGUUGUGCUGCAAGAAACUGAUAAAUCUGUACCAGCUUCCAACAAUGAGCAACAAGAUUCAAGUGGAACACCUUACACUAGAAUGGAAAACAGUGAUGCAGCUAAUGGAGAAUCCAGAGAUACUUCUAACAGUAAUUCUGGAGCAGAGGGGACAGAAAAAAUUGUUAUGCUAUCAAGCACAAAUGACAAUGCAGACAAGGGUCAUGAGGAACAAAUUGACUCUUCUGAUUCUUCGUCCCAACAAGUAAAAGAUGUAUCCCUAAACACAGAUAACAAUUCUGAUGCUGGCCACAAUGAGAAUGGCAAUGCUGAUCAGAAUAACACAAAUGACAACACGGAUGCAGGCCAAAAAGAACCAGAUAAUUCAUCUGAUUCUUCAGUCCCCCAAGAGAAUGACAAUUCCUUAAAGACAGAUACCAAUUCUGAUGUGGGCAAGACUGAAACUGAGAAUGUUGUUCAGACCAACAGAAAUGACAAUGAAGAUGCAGGCCAAAAAGAACCAGUUGAUUCGCAGGAAGAGAAAGAGGCAUCCUCAGAAACAUAUAGCGACCACAAUGCCAGCCAGGAGAACGAUCAAGUAGAUUCUUCAGUUUCUUCUAUCACUCAAGAAGAGAAAGAGGCUCGUACAGAUUUGGAAACUUUGCCAGAGACCCAAACUGAAGGGAAUAACAACGAUGAUACGGCAUAGAGUGACAUUUCUGUGGAAUUGGUUGUGCUGAUCUGUACACGAUCAUCUAUAUAAUUUUUUUGUUUAUUCUUUGUAUCUUAGGUUAUCGAGCUUGUAUGUGCUUUACUUGUUGUUCUCAAUAUUGUAAUACAAUCUAUAAGCUUUGUGGUACAAGUUAAAAAGGCCAACUUGGUUUCUUGCAUGCAUAACCAGUUUGAGA